AUGUAUGAGAUUGGAGUGUGGGCUGCUUUGCAGAAGUUGUCACCUGACAUACUGAAAUCUGCGUCCAGGAUCUAUGGGUCAUCUUCAGGAUCGGUUGUAGCUACGCUCGCAUUGUGUGAGUGUGAUGUAGAUGAGAUUAAGCUGGUCUUCACUACUCUGGAAGCCUCUUUCCAGAGGCGUGUUGGUCAUGGAGGAAAAGUCCUUAAAUUCUUAGAGGAGGUCUUAAACAAAUACCUGCCUCCCAAUGCCCACCAGCUGGUAUCUGGGAAGCUGCACGUUAUCCUCACCCGUGUGCACGACUGGAGAAGCGUGGUGGUUUCAGAGUUUGCCUCGAGGGAGGACCUCAUUCAGGCCAUUAUAUGCAGCUGCUUCAUCCCUCUGUAUUGUGGAUUCUUACCUCCUAUGCACCGUGGGGUGCGCUACGUUGACGGGGAACUCAGCAUAUGGCAGGCCAACAUCGUGUCCCGGACCACAAUCACUGUGUCUGCUUUCGCUGGCGAAUACGACAUCUGUCCCAGAGAUGGUCCAGCUGCCUUCUUCACUUUCCAACUCUCUGACUGUAUUUUACAGAUAUCCAAAAGAAAUAUCUGCCGCUUGCAGUAUGUUUUUCAUCUUCCCACACGUCAAGUUCUGGACCAGCUUUAUAACCAUGGCUACCAGGACACAGCCUCCUUCUUAAAAAGACUAAGGCCUUGCCAGCCACAGAAGAGCAUUUUUGACCCCAGUUCACAUGUUAAAGAGAGAAAGAGCAACCCGGAACCCAGCCUGCAGACCCACACCAAGAUGCACUGA